AUGUCCAAGCCGACCCACACACCUUCCUCGAACGCCGAGGUUGGUUCCAAUAACGCUGCUACCUCCCUCAAACCCUUCCCUGCGGAGGCAACGCAGCGCAUCCUCGAGUGUCCUCACAUCCUCGAGGCCAUCUUGAAGUACUCUUCCCGCAGCACCCAGCGAGCCUGCCUACUUUCCUCCCGUUCUCUUUUUGAGUCCUCUGGGCGUGUUCUCUACCGCAACGUUUACAUUGGCGGCCGUGCCGGUGACAGCCUUGAGCUUUUCUUCCGCGGAGCUCUCAUUGGUACCGGCUUCGGACACGAGGACAUGGAGCUUGCCAAGUGUCCGCUCAACAAUGGUCACCCCGAAUGCAAGAUUCACAGUCCUAACGACAACCACUUCAACUUCAACGACGACGAGAGCGACAACUCCUCGCACUCCAGCGAGGACGAGACUAUCGCCCAGCCGAUUACUUUCCCCGUUUCCGCCACGUCCACCACCUCUACCAAGGCCAAGACCUCAAAGCUCAACGAUGGGCACCCCAACAAGGAGGAACGCGACAGGGAGGGUGCCUCGGUUGACUCCGACAAAGCCGAGGGUGUGCCGUGCACCACCAACUUCAAGCUCGCUCUCCUCAAGCAUGUUCGCGUCCUCACCAUUUCCACACACCAUGCCUGCAACUGCCACAUUUAUGGGCCUCACAUCAAACAUCUUCUUCCCCACCUCGAGGUGGUGCGAGUCGCCUCGGAUUUCUUUAAGAAUUUCGAGCUCCUCCGUUUGUGCGAUGCGGAAGUCUGCAUGCUACUCACGAAUGUCAAGUGUCACAAGCUCGUUCUUCGCAAUCUUGAUGGGAAUGGUCUUCCCUUGGAGCCCUUCUUCUGCCUAGGCAAUGGCGAUUCCUUUCCUAUUUGCCAGGAGCUCGUCGUUUUCCUCACAAUGGACGGUCGUCGUCUCGUGUCCGAUUUCGAGAACAUGACCUACUGGCAUGACCGCAGUCUGCUUGAGCUCGGGCACUGUUUCCCGAACGCGCCCGACGUCAAAAUUGUCUUUUACCCUACAUGGGAGGGUUGGGACGAGUCAGACGAUGUCUUGGCCUUUAUCCACGGCCACGUACCCGUCACCCCUGACGACAUUGUCUAUGGCAUUAAAGACUUUCUUCAAUACGCCCAUCCCCAAUACACCAUCUAUGGAAUGGGCAAGCUCCGCUGGUACCCAGACGGUGACCUCAUCGGGGUCUUUAUGCGUUUCUUUCCUGACACGAAGCUCACGCGGCGCGCGAUUCUCGACCUCGUCCGCCACGAGCUUCGUACGGGCUCACUCUUCCUCGCUAUUGGGGACGACAACAUCGAGUACGACCCCGGCUAUCCUGAGCGGAUUACCUACAAGACUUUCAACGAGUAUCUCAAGGAUGAAGGGGGGCGUCUUUACGAGCUGACUGCUGAUUGCUGA